AUGACGAGACCCGAGAUUAUUCGUGCUGACUCGAUCGAUCUUCAAGACCGUGAUGCGCCGUCGGCUCAAGACCACGCUCGUCUGAACCCGUCCGCUCCCUCCAAGUCCGCCGCGAACGGAUCCCUCGCACCGCACCAGGCCGAGACACUGCGCGAAGUUGCCGCUGAGACGGCCGAGGAGAGGCGGUUGUCUUGGAACAACGGAGACAUUGGCGAUCUUCAACAGUACGCAGAGGACCUCGCCGCCGGCGUCGCCAAUUCCUUCCACCAAAGCCAGACCGGCGGCCGGAGAAUGGCGGGCCAGCAGCAGGAUGCGCUGGCCAUUGCCCAGAAUGGCGGCCACAACGUCGAGGACGAGGACCUCGAGGACGCCGACGACAUGGACGACGACAUGAUGGACAAGAUCUCGAGUUCGCCCUCGAUUGAAGAUGGUGGGUACCUCUUUGCUAUGUCAUCAGUAACACAGCACAAGUCUUGCAGCCCCGGCCCAACACCUUCACCUACCGAUUCCUCAGCCUCUGUCACAUGCAGCGACGCAAGGUCGUCAUCACCAUACCCCGAAUUGAUUGAACAGCCACCUCUCUUCUUUUCAGCUACCCAGACAGGCAAGGAUCCUGUCGAGCCUUACAACCGUCAUCAUCAUCAUCGUCCGUCCUGUGGUGAGUAUGGGCAGAGACACGGACUGCAACCGGAACGGCCAGCAUCACCACGAAGUAUCACUCGGAGAGCAGACGACGAGGACACCGACUCGGACGACGACUUACUAUCCCUCGACACCGACUACGCAAGCAUUUCCAGCGAGGUCAUGAUUGAGGUCUUGGAUAGUGCCAUCAGACAUAUUCGCAAAUCCAGUCGGCCACAGCAGAAGAACGAACCGAUGGAAACCGACGAGGGCGUUGGGGGGCUCGCAGAUGGAGAGAUGAUGAUCCCGUACGACGGAUCCAGCGGCGAUGAUGAUGACUUUUCUCUUUCUUGUGUUGAUACCAGAUUUGUUGAUUCCGGAUGGGGCGGUGAGUGCUUACACGACACAGAGGACAUCGACUUCGAGUUUGUCUACGCGCUUCACACCUUCGUCGCGACUGUCGAGGGUCAGGCCAAUGCUACCAAGGGCGACACCAUGGUGCUGCUGGACGACAGCAACAGCUAUUGGUGGCUUGUUCGCGUGGUCAAGGAUAGUAGUAUUGGCUAUCUCCCGGCCGAACAUAUCGAGACGCCAACGGAGCGGCUGGCGCGCCUGAACAAGCACAGGAACAUCGACUUAUCUGCUACUAUGUUGGGAGACCAAGCAGAGAAGACGAAGAAUCCUCUCAGGUCGGCCAUGCGACGGAGGAAAGCUAAGAAUGUCUCUUUUGCGGCACCUACGUAUGUUGACUACUCGGAUAUCGACUACUCGACCGAAGAGGAAGACGACGUAGAGGGCGAUUUUGAGGCUCAGAAGUCUCAACAGCAGCAGCAGCAACAACAACAACAGCAACAGCAGCAGAAUCAAUCGACCACGCAAGAGGAUGUGGAGGCAGAGGAUGAGACUGCCAAGGUCGAACCUCUGAAGCCACGGGUACAGAAACAGGCGGAUGCACCAGAGGCCAAGGAUGGAGUGGCUCGCGAUGCAGAUAUCGCUGCGGCGAACCGGACAAGUGAAGAAAUUUUCGAGGCGUCCAAGUCGGAGACUCCAGGGCCCACCCGGACGAAGGACGGCACUGUUCGCGACUCUUUCUUCAAGGACGAAACAGUCGAAACUAAGAAAAUCACAUUGACUCCUAACCUGCUUAGAGACGAUGGUGCACCCAGGGCAUCAACCGAGUCCAAGGACUUGAAGCAGCGUCCCAGCCUUGACAAGGUUGAUAAGGAGCUGCUGCUUGGGAAGGACGAUAAGAAGAAGAAGGACAAGAAGGAGAAAGACAAGAAAUCCGGGUCCAUUCGCAGCUUUUUCUCUCGCAAGGACAAGAAGAAGCUGUCGGUCGACGAAGACGACGAUUCGCUUGGCAAGGGUUCCAUGGACAUCGAAGUCCCGGAGAAGGAACCAGAAGAGACCGAUGGUCAGGGAUCGCCUGAGAAGCAGUCCUCUGGGCCGCAACGGCAGCCCAGCAAACUGCAGAAGGCCCAGCCCCGUACGGAACCUUCUCCCACGAGGAAGGGCAGUGGUUCCAUCACCAGGGAUCAACCAGGAAUGGAUGUUUCCUCGUUCCUGAACGAGGAGAAACUCAAGAGCGUCGCCAAUGUACCUCCGGCCACCAUGCGUAUCGUCGAGUCUGAUACGCAAGACUUACAGAAUGGCCAGCGGCCACGGGAUCGCUCGCCUGAGGUCACCCGGUCAGCCUCCCAGCGGGAAGAGAAGAGCGGUCUUUCCAAGAUCAUCCCUGGGAGAUCACAGAGCGGCGAGAGCAAGCCGCAAAAGGUUACAAAGGCCAAGUCGCGAGUCGAGCUGGAUGACUUUGACGUUUCCGAAGAAGAGGUGGAGGAAAUCACUCCUGCACCCCAGCGGGCGGCACCAGUGCCGGAUGAGAAACAGAGGCAGCAGGUCCAGGAACAGCAGACUGUGCAAAGGCCUACUUUGCCUGGCUCGUUCCCAGACAGCUACGUCAGUACACAGUCUGCGGCGAGCGACAGGACGGAGAAGGCUGCGGACCCUGCAGCACAGCUACAGAACGAGCGCCUAUCCGAAUCCCCUGUCCAUGACUCCCCUGCUACCUCCAACCCUCCGGCUCUCAUGGGCGACACCUCGAGCCAAGAAGAGCGGUCCUCGCCGAUAUCCUCGCCAUCGCCCGAGCUUGUCGAGACCGAGGAUGGGUCUGGUGCGCACAGAAACCAAGACUCGAUUGCGACUUCGACUUCGGCAACAACGACGUCGACAUGGAACGAUUCGAGUCUCCGUGCAUUCUUUGAUUCGGGCUCUGAUAUUAGGGAUCUGCUGGUCGUUGUGUACGACAAGUCCGACGUCGAGCCGGCUGGUUCUGACCACCCGGUCGUCGGCUCGCUGUUCAAGGAGCAGAAUGCUCGGCUGGCAGAGAUCACGACGCAAUUAGACAACAUGCUCGGCGACUGGCUUGCGCGAAAGCAGCGCUUGCGGGGCACUGUCUAG